AUGGACACCACACCCAGCAGGCGCAGCGCGAGAUUGCAGGCUGCUUUGCAGGAGGGCAAGUCCGGCUUCAGUCCUCUUCUACAGAGUGCAAGUGCCGCCAGUGAACCUCAGCAGUGCGGCGCGUGCUUGCUGGAAAUUGACACAGCCAGCAAAGAGGGCGAGUUCGUGGCUCUGCUGGACUCCUGCAACCCCACACACUUCUUUCACGUGAGGUGCAUCUCCACAUGGGCAGAGCAAGAGAACACCUGCCCGUUGUGUAAGUGCAGAUUUUCUCGGAUUGGCGUGUAUGGUGUUGACGGCGACUUGCGACGCGUCAUUGCUGUAGAAGAGAGGGAUCAAAACUCAGAAGGAGAGACAAGCGCUGAAUUUGAAGAUCACGUCUGCAGCAUCUGCAAGCAGGCGGGCGCGGACGAUGCUCUCUUGCUCUGUGAUGGACGCAACGGCCACUGUCGUAAUGCCGCCCACUUUCACUGCCUGGGCUUGCCUGGCGUGCCCGAAGGAGAGUGGUUCUGUUCCGAAUGCCAGGAGUUUCCGCUGUCGGAGUUCAUGCAGGGAACGGAGGCAAAGGAGAUGGACGGAAGCUUAUUGGACAUGAAGGACGGCGUGGCUUCUCCGGGGUUCCCAAAGAAGGAGGCCUCGGGCAGGAAAGCAGAGGAAGCAGAGGAAGCAGCAAGCUGCGCCUCGCCUCAGCCGCAAUCGACGCAAGUUGCGCGGCCUUCGGCUCUUAAGAAGAAGCCGAAGACCGCGGAGUCCCAGGAGCCCCAGGAGUUCCAGGAGUCCCAGGAGUGCUCCGAUGAGUGCAGGGGUGUGGCGCAGGUCCAGGUCCAUGGAGGAAGCUCUUCCUCGAAGGCUGCUUCAUCGUCAGAUGCUUUGGCAGUGAUCACCAAGGAAGAGAAGAGGGCGCCGACUGUGCAGGCUCAGGCAGUUCCAAAGUGGAUAUACAGAAAAGGCUCAUGUUUGUUUGUGGAUCUGGGUGGCCGUCGCAUCAAAGACUCUGCUGCCAUGACGGUUGCCAAGUUUGUCCGAGCAGCGCUGGAGAAGGUCAGGGGAGCAAGGGUUGGAGGUGUCGCAUCUUUGGACCUUUGCUUGUUGCUUGCGGGAAAUCGCCUUAGCCGUCGGGGACUCGAGGCUUUCCUGAGUGCUGCAAAGGAGACUGGGCAUCACGUGUCAUGCUUGGAUGUGGAGCGCAACCGACUGGACCCCGAUGCAAUGCAGUGGCUGGCAGAAUGGCUGACCAGACAAAGGAAGGGUCCACCACAGAAAAUCCUGCUCUCGCACAAUCGUAGCAUCGGUGACUCAGCGGUCAAGAGCUUUUUGCAGCUUCUUGGCCGAUCGCGCUCAGGUAGAGACCUGCCACUUUGGGUUGAGGCCAGGUUCGUGGGCAUAAAGGAUGUAGAGGCAGUCUUGGACGAGCUGUCUGUGGAUAUCAGCUUGUGCAUGGCUCUUGACACGGAUGCCUGCGGUCCAGACCGUUGUGCCUCGCACGCUGCGGGUGAGCCUGGAUCGCAUCUACACCUCCCUGGAAUUCUGGACCAGCAUAUCAAUGCAGAUCUCGUCUUCCCGACGCAGCCCAAUCCACAGGCACAACAAGCACGAGAGGCGCAAGAGGCGCAAGAGGCGCGAGAGGCGCGAGGAGAGUCGCAGGCCAAACAGUGCGCACAGGGAGCCCAGCGCCAGGUCCCGAGCGAUCCCGGAAACCCGGGCCGCCGCGGCCACCGGGGUCAGGGUGCCAGGCUGCCGGAGCCGCAGAAAGCAAUCGGAGAGGGGUCAGAUGCCAGCCAAGCAGAAGAGUCGUUAGAGUCCUUAGAGAAAGAGCGUGCUCAGCGGAAAGCAUGGGCGAACUCACUGGGGAAAUCGGUUGUAGCAGAGUUUCCAACCCAGGACCUUCCGGCCCCUGCCCCAAGCUGUGGUUUGUGGGACCUAGUCCGUGCCGAGCAGCGCAAGAAGCGCCGAAUGGGCUGA